AUGUCUCGUGUCGACGAUGACGACGGGCCGGACCCGCAGACAAUGCUCGCGCGCAUACAGUCGCUGGAGAAUCGAGCGUCCAUGUUGCAUGAAGAGAAUGUUGCCGUCUUUGAGACCAACAAAGAGCUCUACAAGAGAAUCCAAGAGCUCAACUCUAGCUUGAUUGCAUCCGAGAGUCUAGUCGAGAGACUGCUCAACUCCAGUAAAGAGGACUCUGACGAUAAUGCAAUCGACGAGCGGCAAGACCGUCAUCGCCCGCCUCCAAUAAUCACCUCAUCAACUCGCGUACACAGCCGUCAUCACCACUCCCGCCACCAAGACGGCUACGACUCCCAUAGACACCAUUCCCCACUGUCUCCCGACGCCCCUCCAUCUCUCUCUACUCCGUUCCGACCUGCUAGAAUGGGCAGUUCUGGAAGCGUCACCAGCAGACUCAACCGAUUUGAGAUCUUGCUGGACGAAUUCUGCUCCGAAUUUGACGCAUCAGACGACGAUUCGACCAGCAGUAUACGAAGUGUAGGCGGCGCUCGUUUUUCGAUCCACCUCGACAACCGUUCUCAAUCGCGGCCAGGACAGCGACUACAGAAAUCACGAACGCUCAGCCCACCCAACGUACUUCGUGAGAUCGGACAGCAGCACGGACCGACUUCGCCCCACGAAGUCCGCAAGAUUAAGCGGAAUAUGAGCAGUCGUCUGCGGUCACCAGGCUGUCUUGAACUCUCACUGAGUGCGGCGCUCGACCAGUCUUUCGCGGCGACCGCGCCUAGUUCUGAUUCUGCACGAACUAUACAGCAGCGACGGGCCGAUUCGCGUCGUCGACGAAGCCGAUAUGUCUCGGAGAAGAGACUGCUUCCAGUGGCCCCCGCCGAGCCGCGCACACCACGCACUCCACAGACUGCUAUGUUCACUGAUGCUUAUCGGCAUAGAGGAGAAUUUUCUCCGGAUUACCAGUACGACUACAGUGAUUCGUAUUUCGGGGGGAUCCAUCACCGCCGCGAAUCAUCCAUGUAUUCUAGCGAGCAUGAGAAGAACAGAUCGAUCGCGGCGGUCUUGGAGUCUUGCGCUACAGAGUCUAUUUCUACAUUUCUCGAGACAGAACGCCAUGACAUGCCGCCGAUGACCACAUUCAGCGACAAUGACGCAGACACACAUGAUUCGUUUACAGAAAGGCCCCGCAAUCAUAUGAUUGAGCAGCAGUCUUUGGAAGAGCAGCGUCAAGAGCUAUUGCGCAAAUACAAUUUCACCUCAGACGAGGAUUUUUACAAGGAUUUGCGACUUCCAUACCAGUCGCGUGGCGCCACGACCCCGAUGCAAAAGAUGAAAUCGACCGAGUUUGGCUCGCCUCAGCAGCAGCGAAAUCUUCGUGCGGGGAAAUCGAUGCCUGCGCUGAGAAGGCAGACGUCUGCUUUGACUUUGCUCUCAAAGGAAGGAAUGAGCCCACCGUUUGCAAUCCCGACUAGCGUCGCGUCAACUUCGUUGAGCAAGUCACCGGAAGAGACAUCGGCUUUGCUCGAGGCAUCUCCUGCUACGGGAUUACUGUGUAAAUUGCCCUCAAAUGCUGCUACAGAGUCUCGGUCGGUAUCGGCUGCGAUGCUAGAGUCGAUGAAGAAGUACAACGACAAACAGCUACAGAAAACUGUGUCUUCGUCUUUAAAAUCCGCGCAGCUGGUUGAGCGAGAUGGCAUCUUGAGGUCCGUGGUAGGAUCGCGUCCACAAGAGACCAGCGAGGAUGGACCUCCGAAUGCGUGGUCUACCCCAAGGCGUCCUUUGAGAAGCGUAUCUUCUUACAUCUGGGAUGCAAUCUGGCGAGUUCCUAGUCCAGGAGAGCAGAAGCGACGGAAGGUGCGCAGGGUGCGAUCUCAGUUUGAUCAGAUUGGGCGGCCACCUGUGCCACCUCUGCCGACCGGCGAUCCUGAGACACUUGCCAACCGGAUCGAGAGCUUGACUGUUGCAGCGGCUGAGAGAUCAGCGUCUGUGUCGUAUACGCCUUCAGAAGUGAAGUCUGAAGAGGUUUUCGAUGAAAGCAGAUCGGAACGUGCUGUGGAGGCUGAGUCUUCGGAGCGUGAAAUCCAACAAGAAGAAGCCGAAGCAGCGGAUCCAUCUGAUGAAACAUCUAUCUACGAGCACGAAUCGGAGCCCAUUGAUCAUUUUGAUCAUCCCGUCAGUCCUAGAUCACCUGCCCGGACUUGUGAGGAAGAGAUAGCCGAGCCUGAAGUGGAUCUAGCUCCCGCUGAAGAAGAGCACUGGGAUAUUGAGGAUUCUCAAAAAGCGCCAGAUGAAGCAGACGAGAUACCAAAUGUCACGCAACAAUGCGACAGCGAUGUGACCGAAGGAACUAUAAGCGCUGCAUACUCAUUCGGUUUCAGUGCAGGCGAGGAGACGAGUACUUGCACGUCGCCGACGGUGUCAGAUGCAGGGUUUGACGCAAACAAGUCCGCAUCAGCACGUCCGUCGCUGUCUAAGCGUGCCUCCUGGAUGCUGUUCCCCUCUGUGUUGUCACCUACUACAGAGUCUCCUACCUCCGAAGUCCCAGUACCUGCGGUUGAUGAAAGUAAAGUCUCUCAUAUCUUUGGAUGGAGAAACCCUUUCAAGAAGCGGGUGAUUUCGGAGGACUAUAUUUCAUUCCCGACGUUUUCUGGCAGCGCAAGCAGCCAUAAUGGCAGCAUCAGGUUCAAAGCCGGCACGACGCCCACCAUCUCUCCCGCGACGAGCACUCCACCUUCGUCGGUGGGCAUGCUCUCGCAGCACGGCGCAUGGUCUAGUUUCGGCAGCAUCACGAACGUAGCCUUGUCUGCCAACAAGCUAUGCAAUCCGCACUCGAUCAUCGACGAGCUGAACGCCUACCGCGCGCAUGUGUCUAAUCAAAGAGCUUCCACAAUCAACAAUACUCAAGACGGCGUCGAAUGCACGACGAUCGACGAACGGGCACUUCAGGAAGCGCUGAGCAGUCAGGAGUUCCAGUACACAUAA